AUGGAGGUCAAGGAGCUCAGGACAAUCGGCAACCGGACAUGGGCGGGACAGAUGUUUGGGCACUGGCGGCAAGCAAAAAAUGACGACCAUUGGACCAAGUCGAUCAUGUCCAACCGAAAUGCCUACUUCGCUGGCUUCCACUACCCGGGAGCUUGCAGGGACGUAGGGGGUAGACGAUGGGGCGAGAAUCCGCACGCAAACCUGUGGCGUAUCAAUCCAAGCGUACUCGCCAUGCAUCACUACCGAGGGAAGGUAUCGUCGGUGAAAAACCCGAAGUCCAACGUCGCAGAAGACGACGAGUACGGCAUGCGUCUUUUUCCCGCGGUCUUGGACGGCCUACGGUCAAGGAAGGCAGACGAGAUCGUGGAGAGGGAAUGCGGCUUCCGUCCGUCCAUGGCUGUCGAGUAUGUAGAGGGUCCUGAGGAGGAGGGACAGGUAGCCGUUGUGGGAGUGCCAGUGAAGGGAGAUAAGAAGGAGCGACGUUUGACAGAGUCUUAA